CGAAUUUCGAGUUUAGGUUUAAUAGUGGGAACGAGUUAGUAUACGAAAUGUUUCAAAGUUAAGAAUAAAUAUAGUGCACUAUUUAACAAAUAAGUUAUAGAAAGACGACUUUUCGAAAUGAUGUAUUAUAGUUUUGAUUUCUAAAACUACAGGUUAGGAUUAUGUGCAAAUAAUGACAAAGAGAUGCUUACAGUAUCUUUUUGUAUGUAUGCUUCUGAUGUGCUUAUGGAAUAUAAAAAUAAACGAGAUUUCUGACCAAACACUAGAGGUUCAUAGGAUCAGAUCCAAUACAAAAGAAAAGUCCAGACGAGAGGAAGGUCAGAGUGGAUGGAAAUUCAAAACUUCAUUUCCUGUGGAUUUGGUUUAUACGUGGGUAAAUGGAUCAGAUCCAGCACAAAAGAAACGUCUAGCACGAUUCAGGAAAACCUACUUUCGGACUAACCUGCUAACAGCAACCAGAGCUAUAAACCUCAGUUUCAGCCGUUUUGCUGAUACUGGAGGAUUGCGCUACUCUCUAAGAUCCGUGGAGAAAUGUGCAAAUUGGUUACGUCACGUGUUUAUUGUAACGAAUGGUCAAGUACCAAAGUGGCUGAAUUUAAGGAACCCAAGAGUGACCGUAGUAAAUCAUAAGGAAAUAUUUGAUAAUCCCGACGAUCUCCCAACAUUUUCUUCACCUGCGAUAGAGCACAACAUUUACAAAAUCCGUGGACUCUCCGACAGGUUUAUUUAUAUGAAUGAUGACGUUUUCUUUGGACGGAAGGUUUCACUGGAAGACUUCUACACAAAGCAAAAAGGCACAAAGGUUUAUCUGGAAAAUCCUACAUCUACGCAAUGCAGCAGAAAGUGUAAAAUAGUGAUGAUUAAAAAUGACGUAUGCGAUGACGUAUGCAAUAACGAUCAUUGCGCGUGGGACGGAGGUGAUUGUGGUGGCUUUCCGGAACGACUGACACCAACGGAAAAAAAUACGGCUCAUUUAGAUUACCUCACUUCAAUUUUCUAUACAAAUGCAGUAUUCAACAGGGCGUUUGGACGACGGAAAAGAAGAUAUGGCGCCCAUGGUCCGCUGUUCAUUGAGAAAAAAGUCAACAGAGAUAUGGUUAAAAGGUUUCCAACAGAGGUUGCGGAAACAUGCAGACAUAAAAUGAGAAGUCCUUUGGAUUUACAAUUUGGAUUUUCAUAUUUACAUUUUCUCAUGGAGGGGAGCAACCAUUCCCGCAGAUUUGAUCCACGAAUCACGAGUUCAAGCGUUGCAUUUUUGGAGAUAACUUUAAACGAAACCAAAACACGCAAAUAUUUGAAUUUGCUACAGAAACUUAAAAGAAAAUUUAUUUGUAUAAAUGACGAUAUAGACUACUGUACAGAGAGCAGGCUUCAGCUGAGAAGAUUAUUGCUCUAUUGCAAGAAUUUUAUGAGUCAAUGUUUCCACACCCUUCAUCGUUCGAAAUAAACAACUGAACCGAGAGAGAGAGAGAUAGUUGAAUUUUCUACGCUUUGCCACAUACAAUGUUGUUGAAGUACAAAAGUAAAAUUUCACUUCCGUUGAUAUGGUCAACGCAUACGGCCACAUCACACGGCAAAAGUAAUACAAGCUUUUAGCUUACUCCUCAAUCCUAUCACAUUAAUAAAUGUUUGUAUGAUACAUAUUUGGAAAAUAAAUAUUGUUUAAACCAAAUGUAUGCCCUCAUGAAUUUCAGCCCUGGGUAAAUGUAUAUUGUCUGCAUAUAUUCCAGUUCAGAUAGUAGCUAGCUACAAAAACAGUCGAACUUGCACCAUUUAGAGUUGAAAAUAUUUCUUGUGUAAGGAAUGCCAUUUUGGGGUCACGUUUCUUCUUAAGACAUAGUCCUUGCUGAUACUAAUAUGUAAUUUUAGAUGUAUGUGCACUUGAUGGUUAACACAAAGUACAUUCACCAGGGUUGUGUUUUGGAAAUGUAUAUUUGUUGUUUUACCAGAGGAUGUUAUUAUUAUCGUCAGACAUCGAGAUGAAUCCUGGUCCAUCAGAAACGCAGCAAAUUUUAGACGCGAUAGCAGAUUCAAAUAAAAAUAUGAGUAAUCAAAUUGAACAAGUAAAGAGUGAAGUUAUGUCCCUCACGGGUCAA